GUUCUGAUUGAGACUCAGUUCCAUUUGUCACCCCUAUUGAUAAUGGGCACACUCCGGGACCUCCAGUUUGCCCUGCAGCUGAAGAUUGAAGAGCUACGCCAGCGUGACACCCUCAUUGAUGAGCUCGAAUUGGAGCUGGACGCCAAGGAUGAUUUGAUCCGUCGACUUCAGGGGGAGUUGGAUCGCUACAGGGCAACUCUUUCUCCUCCAGGGCCCUCCACAGCAGCAGGGCCACCUGCAACCCCUGAUGAGCCCCAGCGCACAAAGAGACAGGCCAUAUCUGCUGAGCCCACCGCCCUGGACCUGACACAACUCAAACACGUUACCCUGACCAGCUACAGCAAGAGCAAAGAGUCUCAGCAGUUGAUCCAGACGGCCCUGCUUGAGAAUGACUUCAUGAAGCACCUUGAACAAGGACAGAUCCUGGCUAUUGUGGACUGUAUGCACCCCACUACUGUUGCUCAGGGGUGCUGUGUCAUUCAGGAGGGUGAUGACGGUUCACUCGUCUAUGUUUUAGAAGAGGGGAGGGUGGAGGUAACCAAGGAUGGUCAGAAGCUGUGCACCAUGGAUCCAGGGAAAGUGUUCGGAGAGCUGGCCAUCUUGUACAACUGCACCCGCACUGCCACUGUCUCAGCCAUAACUGAUAUCAAACUGUGGGCAAUCGAUCGGCAGUGUUUCCAAACCAUCAUGAUGAGGUCUGGCUUGAUCAGGCACUCUCAGUACAUGGAAUUCCUCCACAGUGUGCCUUCCUUCCAAACCUUGCCUGAGGAUGUGCUCAGUAAAGUUGCUGAUGUGUUGGAGGAGACCCACUACAAUGAUGGGGAUUACAUAAUCCGACAGGGAGCCACUGGAGACACCUUCUUCAUCAUCAGUGAGGGCCAGGUACAUGUCACAAAGCAGAAAUGUACCAGUGAGGAGCCAGCUUUCCUGUCCACUCUGUCCAAAGGUGAUUGGUUUGGAGAGCAGGCUUUGAAAGGGGAAGAUGUGCGGACCGCUAAUGUCAUCGCAGUGGGAAAUGUGACAUGCCUCAUUGUGGACAGAGAGACUUUUAAACAGUUGAUAGGAGGCCUGGAAGACGUGAGCAAGAAGGCCUAUGAGAGCGACGAGGCCAAGGCUAAGUUGGAGGCAGAGGCCGCCUUCUUCUCCAACGUGUCCCUGUGUGAUUUCCGCGUCAUCUGCACUCUGGGAAUGGGGGGCUUCAGUCGCGUGGAGCUGGUGCAGCUGAAGAAUGACCCCAGCCGGUCCUACGCUAUGAAGGUGCUGAAGAAGCGGCACAUCCUGGACACCAGCCAGCAGGGCCACAUCCUGUCUGAGAGACGCAUCAUGAUGGAGGCUCACAGUCCCUUCACCGUCAGGUUGUACUGUACCUUCAGGGAUCCCAAGUACCUCUACAUGCUGUUGGAGGCCUGUUUAGGUGGGGAGUUGUGGACACUGCUGAGAGACAGGGGCUCCUUUGAUGACAGCACCACGCGCUUCUACACUGCCUGCGUGGUGGAGGCCCUCACGUUUCUGCACUGCCGUGGGAUCAUCUACAGGGACCUCAAGCCUGAAAACAUCAUUCUGGACGAGCGCGGAUAUGCCAAACUGGUGGACUUUGGCUUUGCAAAGAAGGUGGGCCUAGGGAAGAAAACAUGGACCUUCUGCGGGACCCCGGAGUACGUGGCCCCCGAAAUCAUCCUGAACAAGGGCCAUGAUGUGUCAGCAGACUGCUGGUCCCUGGGCAUCCUCAUAUUUGAGCUGCUAAGUGGGAGCCCCCCGUUCUCAGGUUCCGACCCCAUGAAGACGUACAACAUCAUCCUGCGGGGUAUUGACAUGGUGGAGUUCCCCAAAAAGAUCACCAAGAGCGCUGCAAACCUCAUCAAGAGACUCUGCAGGGACAACCCCUCGGAGAGACUCGGCAACCAGAAGAAUGGGGUCAAGGACAUUCAGAAGCACAAAUGGUUUGAAGGCUUCAACUGGGAGGGCAUCCGCAAAGGAACCCUGACCCCUCCGAUCAUGCCUAUUGUUAGUGGUCCCCUGGACACUAGAAAUUUCGACAGCUUUCCUGAUGACAAUGAGGACCCACCCCCCGAUGAGGACUCUGGCUGGGACAUAGAAUUCUGAUCAAACAGAUCCAAAUAUCUUUGGUUUUGGUGGAAGAAUGGGGAAAUGCUGGACACUGGACUAUUUUUGUAUUUGAUGGGCAACAGUGCUGAGAGAAUGUGAUUGUCCCUAAAUUGGGAGCAAGCAUAAAAAGAAAGCCGUGCUAUUUUUCAAGACAAUAAGACUGAAGGGCUUAAAAAUGUUUUUACAACUGUGAAACUGUUUGAUUCAGUAUUUUGUAAUGAACUCAGUUGUUUCAUGACGCAUUUUUCUGACUCAUUCUGACGUAUUCAUUCAACUUUGUGUUUGUACUGGAGCAGAACUAAAGCAUGUUACGACUUG